CUCUCCAUGGGGCCUGAGCCAGCUCCCGCUUCCCCAGACUUGGCACGCACGCCCUGGCCGGCAUCCAUGGAUCCUAGGUACUCCCCGCCUGUGUCCUCCCCCGCUCUUGCUACCUCGCUGGUCAGAUCAGAUACAGUCACGUCGUGUAGCAACGCCCGACCAAACAACGCCGUCUACAACACCGACGUUGCCACAACACCCGAGCACCACAUCAACAACACCGCCAACAGCACUCGAGAGGCGGCAGAUCCACCCGGCAGUAGCAAUCGAUAGGUUCAUGAUAAGCACCAGACCGCCACAAUGCUGUGGCCUCCGUCCCGUUCAUCACUUCACUUCUGCCGACGCACUGCGCAACUCAAUCUGCCCCGACUGAGCCGCUUCCUCCCUGCCGGCCGCACUUCCAUACCACUCUCCUGCACUUCGGUCCGGCAUCAAGGAGCUGCAGCGGCCGCUAUACCAGCCCGCCCACCGACGCAAGAAGAUGCCCCGGUCCAUGCCGAAGCAGACCAGCCUCAGGCCAUCCCGUACUCCAACCUGACCAUUGGUGUCCCUCUGGAAGUGCGCAGCAACGAGAAACGCGUGGCCAUCACUCCUACCAAUGCCAAGCUCCUCCUCAAGAAAGGCUUCAAGCAGGUUCUUGUUGAACACGGCGCCGGUUUCGCUGCCCAAUUCCCCGCCCAUGAAUAUGAGGCCGCCGGAGCCACCCUGGUCAAUGCGAGCAGAGUCUGGGACGACAGCGACAUCGUCCUCAAAGUUCGUCCUCCCAGGCUCCGCAGCACCACUCUCUCACCCAACAACUUCAUACAUGGUUUCAAAGAGGGUGGCGUCCUGAUCUCUAUUCUCCAACCCGAUCUCGAACGCAACCAGAAGAUCGUGCAGGCAUGCAUUGACAAGAAAAUCACGACCUUUGCCAUGGACAAGAUCCCUAGAAUCACCAGAGCUCAGAGCUUCGAUGUCUUGUCGAGUAUGGCCAACAUCGCUGGAUACAAAGCGGUGCUUGAAGCCAGUAACCACUUCGGACGAUACCUGACUGGCCAAACCACUGCAGCGGGAAAGAUCCCUCCCUGUAAAGUCUUGGUCAUUGGAGCCGGCGUGGCAGGUCUGAGUGCCAUUGCUACCGCCCGGAGGAUGGGUGCCAUCGUCCGCGGCUUCGAUACACGAUCUGCUGCGCGCGAGCAGGUGCAAUCGCUGGGUGCCGAGUUCAUCGAAGUGGACAUCGAGGAGACCGGCGAUGGCGGCGGCGGAUAUGCAAAGGUCAUGUCCAAGGAGUUCAUCGAAGCGGAGAUGAAGCUGUUCAUGGCACAAGCAAAGGAGGUCGACAUCAUCAUCACGACAGCGCUGAUUCCCGGCCGGGCUGCUCCCACGCUCAUCACCGAAGAGAUGGUUUCCGCGAUGAAGCCGGGAUCGGUGAUUGUCGAUCUGGCUGCCGAAGCAGGUGGCAAUUGCGAAGUCACGGUUCCUGGAGAGCUCACGCAGUAUCAAGGCGUCACCGUCAUCGGAUACACAGACUUGCCAUCAAGGUUGCCUACACAAGCCUCGACGCUGUACAGCAACAACAUCACCAAGUUUCUCCUUUCCAUCUCUCCCAAGGAAGGUCAUUUCGGGAUCGACCUGAACGACGAGGUGGUGAGACGAUCCAUUGUAACGCAUAAUGGUGUGCUGCUGCCGCCUUUGCCACCUGUUGCGCCACCAGCAGCGCCUGCGCCGGUCAAGGAAGUCACCAAGGAAGAAGAAGUCGUGGCUUUGACACCUUGGCAAAAGGCUGUGCGAGAAGUCACCGUCAUCACUGGCGGCAUGGGGACCGCUCUCGCUCUCGGAAAAGCGACGGGUCCCAUCUUCAUGAGCAAUGUGUUCACUUUUGGUCUGGCUGGUCUGAUCGGCUAUCGCGUGGUAUGGGGUGUGGCGCCAGCACUACACUCUCCCCUGAUGUCCGUCACCAACGCCAUUUCCGGUAUGGUGGGCAUCGGUGGCUUUUUCAUCAUGGGCGGCGGCUAUCUACCGCAGACACUGCCGCAAGUGCUGGGUGCUGCCUCGGUCCUGCUGGCCUUCGUCAAUGUUUCCGGAGGCUUCGUCAUCACGAAGCGCAUGCUCGACAUGUUCCGCCGACCCACAGAUCCUCCCGACUAUCCCAUGCUCUAUGCCAUCCCAGCGGUCCUCUUCGGCGGCGGAUUCCUGGCUGCUGCGACGACUGGCAUGGCCGGGCUGGUGCAAGCAGGCUAUCUAGUCAGCAGCAUGCUUUGUAUCGGAUCGCUGUCUGGUCUCGCCUCACAGGCCACUGCACGAUCCGGCAAUCUGAUGGGCAUCCUGGGUGUGGGAUCCGGCGUACUAGCUUCGUUGGCUGCAGUGGGCUUCCCGGUAGAGACGCUGGUCCAGUUCCUCGCGGUUGCAGGUGUUGGCAGUCUUGCUGGUGGCCUCAUAGGCCGCAGAAUCAGUCCUACCGAACUCCCACAGACCGUGGCUGCUCUGCACUCUGUCGUUGGUCUCGCAGCGGUUUUGACCAGCAUCGGCUCCGUCAUGGCUGCUGUCUCCCACCUCGAUGCACUCCAUAUGGUCACGGGAUAUCUGGGUGUUCUCAUCGGAGGAGUCACAUUUACUGGCAGUAUCGUUGCCUUUUUGAAACUGUCCGCACGAAUGUCCUCUCGUCCCACCAUUCUGCCGGGAAGACACCUCGUCAAUGGCGGGAUGGUGGCUGCCAAUGCCGCCACCAUGGGCUUCUUCCUAACUUGCGCCCCGGGCGCUCCGGCUGUCGCUGCUGCUUGUCUUGGUGUCAACACGGCUCUGAGCUUUGCCAAAGGCUAUACUACCACAGCCGCCAUCGGAGGUGCAGAUAUGCCGGUUGUCAUUACGGUCCUCAAUGCCUACUCUGGCUUCGCCUUGGUGGCUGAAGGGCUCAUGCUAAACUCGCCUAUUCUCACUACCGUGGGAAGUCUCAUCGGCGUCUCCGGCAGUAUCCUCUCGUAUAUCAUGUGUGUUGCCAUGAAUCGCAGUAUCACGAACGUACUAUUCGGUGGCAUUUCGGCUCCAGCCAAGACGGACCAGAAGAUUGAGGGCGAGAUCACGAAGACUUCGAUCGAUGAGACGGUCGAGAUCAUGAAGAAUGCUCAAAAGGUCGUCAUCGUGGUCGGAUAUGGAAUGGCAGUCGCAAAAGCUCAAUACCCCAUCGCAGAAUUCGUGCAAAUGCUGAGAGCUAUGGGCUGCGAAGUCAAGUUUGCAAUACAUCCUGUAGCGGGACGCAUGCCCGGACAGUGCAACGUGUUGCUUGCGGAAGCCAGUGUGCCGUACGACAUUGUUCUCGAGAUGGAUGAGAUCAACGAGGAAGGCUUCGACGACGUGGACCUCACCCUCGUCAUCGGCGCAAACGAUACCGUCAACCCGAUCGCAUUGCAGAAGGACAGCCCCAUUGCCGGCAUGCCGAUCAUUGACGCCUACAAGAGCAAGCAGGUGAUUGUGAUGAAGCGUGGCAUGGGCAGUGGAUACGCAGAUAUCCCCAACCCGAUGUUUUAUGCGCCCAACACGAAGAUGCUGUUUGGUGACGCCAAGCAGAGUUGCGAUGCGAUCAAGGCGGCGCUUGACGCGGCCAAAUAGAAGUAAUAAGCGAGACUGGCUGGUACUACUAGGUCACACUAGAGGCUUCCAGUUCGAGCGUGAUGGUAGCGGAUAGCUGGCUGGCUUGCAGAUACGCAGGCCGUAGCACCUGAAGUAAUGAGCAAUGG